AUAUUUGCAUGACGAAGUUGCUGCAGUUGGUGAAAGAAGGUUUUGAAACGAUAAGUCAAGAUGACUGGAGUGCAUACUGCCUCCAUGUGGAGAAACUUGAAAGAGAAUAUUGGGUUAAGGAUGGGGUUAUGGAAGACAUAAUAGACGCUAUAGUUAUUAAUUUAGAAAGUGAUGACGACGAGGACGACGACGACGACGACAGUAAUGAUAGUGACAAUGUUGAUGAUGACCUCUAAAAUACGAUGUAUGUAAACAGGCAAUGAAUAUUUUUUUGAAAAAUAUGUUGUGUGUUCUUUCAAGCCUGACUCUGCUCAUACACUAUGAAAUUUCUUUUGGUAGAAAUGUAGUACAUGGUAGUAAAAGAUUUUCCAAGAUAAAUACAGUCAAAUGUUGUCCAAAGCAAUAAAUACCAUUAUCACUUGUUGUACAAAACCAGGAAUAACUUGAGAGCUUCAUGGUAAAAUCAAUUAACGUUUCGCUAGCAGAACGUGAUUCAAUCACGUAAUACAUUUAAUGCCUAGAGAACAGCAGCAUUUGAAUAUACUCUGUCACUAAAACUCUAUCUCGGUUACUAUUCACAUGAUUCUAAGGAAUAUUGCUUAAAACAUGUGUGCAAUAGCUAAU